GUUAUUUUGAGAGCACGAUUUACCUCCACGGCGAAUCUCCACCACUGAACUCCGUCCGUCGCCGCCGGAAACGGAAUCUAAAUCUGCAUCAAGCAAGUAGUCGCCGCCGCCCAUGGAGAAAUUCAAAGAAGGGGACGGGACCUGUGGUCCCGAAUCUCCAACACCGUUGAUUUCGGAAGGCGGCAAAACAAUCGACGGCGUGGAUUGUUCGAGGACCAGUCUCUGUAAUUUUCUUUAUAUAGGUAGAUGAAGAAAUGGUGGAAUCAGUUGGAAAUGGUUGAUACCUCUUGCAUUUCGAGAGGCAAUGAACGGAGACCAACAAAGACUGAGCCAGAGACACGCACUCGCACGCACAGAGUCGCAUAUAAUGAACGAUCGAUGGCAACGACGACGAUGAUGAUGAUGAUGGUAAAUAGUUGAAAUCAAUUGUACGCAGUAAAUCUGUAUAUACAUACAUAUAUAUAUAUAUAUAGAGAGAGAGAGAGAGAGAGAGAGAGAUGGAUGGAGAGAGGACAUACGUGAAGCUAUCUGAGGAGCAGAGACAGUUGCAGAAUGUUACGCCUGGAGAGCUCAACGAGGCAAUCAACAUCGAUCAGUUGCACGGACGAACCUGCGAGCAAUGCGGACAAGUUUUGCCAGCGACCUACAUUCCGCCGGCGGACGAAGACUGGAUGACCGGAAUAUUCGGAUGCCUCGAAGAUACCGAGAGCUGCAAGAACGGAUUGUUUUGUCCUUGCGUGCUGUUCGGGCAAAAUGUGGCGGCAUUGAACAGCGAAAUAGCAGAGCAGAACGCAUGCGUGAGCCACGCGGUGUGCGUGGAGGGCGGCAUUGCUCUUGCGGCUCUAACCAUAGCGUUCAACGGGAUGAUCGAUCCGGACACCGUGUGCCUGCUGACGGAGGGAUUGCUGUUCGGGUGGUGGGUCUGCGCCAUCUACACCGGCAUGGGCCGUCAGCUGCUGCAGCGCAGAUACCACCUCAAGGAUUCGCCGUGCGAUCCGUGCCUGGUGCAUUGCACGCUCCAUUGGUGUGCCAUAUGCCAAGAACACCGAGAGAUGCGGCGCCAUUUGUCCGACAGGACAUCUUCCGCCACCACCGUCGUCGACCCGCCCGAACUUCAGGAAAUGAAUGCCGCCGCGGCCGCCGACAACAAACCACCGGAGGCUGCACCGCCGCGGCCGGAGACUACGGAACAUAAUAACUUGCAGUUGGUGCCGGUUUCCAGAAACUCUGUCUAGUUUUAGUGUGUAUAUAUAUAAAUAUAUAUAUAUAUAUAUGAUUAUUUUGAUUGUUGUGGAAUUAAUUAAAUGUUCAAAUGUAUAAAUAAAUAUGGCCUUAGUGAGUAUGAUAAUUCAAUGGAAUUAGUAUUGCUAUACAUAUAGUUGGCAAAAGUUUUCAGACAAGAUGAUAGAUGGUUUAGAGUUAUUACAAAAAAAAAAAAAAUGUUUGAGCUAGAACCUUAUAUGUAGAAAUUUUGUUUCUAAUGAGAAAUGGACGAU